UUUUUAUCAGUGAUUUCUUGAGAGUGCCCGAAGGUUAUAAAAUAUAUGUUCUCUCCUAUCGUUCAAGCAUUGUUUGGCACAGUCUGUCUUGGGAUAUAAAAUGAUGCUUUCCCUGUUGCUGACAACUCUGAUUUUGACAGCAAGGGUCAAACUUGCUGCCAGUGCCGAUGAUGGUACAAUGCACGGUACAUUCACCGUGAGGAACGACUGGGGUCACAGGUUUGAGGCCGAACUUGUGUUUAAGACGACCGAACUCGUCGAAGGCUUUGUCUGCACUCUGACCUUCAACAUUCCCAUUAAGGCCAUGGAUCUGCAGAAUGCUGACUCCUACUCUCAUUCGGAUGACUUGAAGACAUGGACCAUCAUCAACAAACCAGAUCACAUGUUCGUAGAAGCUGGGCAAAACCUUGUCGUACACUUCUUCGCCGACUCCACCUCCACUAGCAGUCAGUCCCUCCAUCCGACUGCGACCGGAGUAUGUCAGAACAAGGGCAAGGACUAUAACUGGUCGGUGCCAACUCUUCCUAACAAAGCAAACUCGAAAUACAACUACGAUGAUGUGCUGUACAAGUCCAUCUUGUUCUACGAGGCGCAGCGGUCCGGCAAACUUCCCGCAAACAAUCGCAUCCCGUAUCGCGGGGACUCCGCCCUCAAUGACAAGGGCGCCAAGGGCGAGGACCUGACGGGAGGAUGGUAUGAUGCCGGAGACCACGUCAAGUUCAACUUCCCAAUGGCUUUCUCAACCACUAUGUUGGCUUGGGGUCUGCUCCUGUACAAGGACGCCUACCAGGCAGCUGGACAGCUGGACCACAUGUACGACAGCAUCAAGUGGCCGCUCGACUACCUGCUUAAGUGUCACACGGGUCCCAAUGAACUAUACGUGCAGGUGGGCAACGCUGACGCUGACCAUAGCUACUGGGGUCCCCCAGAGAAGAUGACCAUGGCCAGACCGGCUUUCAAGAUCGAUGCCAGCCAUCCUGGCUCGGACGUUGCCAUGGAAACGGCGGCUGCGUUUGCGGCUGGCUCUCUUGCCUUUGCUGAUAAAAACAGCGGCUACUCCAGCACGCUGCUGAGCCAUGCCAAACAGCUGUGGGAGUUCGCUCACAGUCAUCAGGGCAAGUACAGCGACAGUGUGUCAGCAGCCGCUGGCUUCUACAAGUCCUACAAUCUUACAGACGAAAUGUGCUGGGGGUCCCUUUGGUUGUAUAAGGCCACCAAAGAUGCAAAGUACCUGACAGAAGCCAGGAAGUGGUUUGACCCUGCACCCGCUUGGGGAAUGUCUUGGGACGAGAAGAUUGCCGGCAACCAGGUGCUGAUGUACCAGCUGACCAAUGAGGCAGCGGCCCUGGAAGCGGUGAAGGGAACCUACAAAUACUGGUUUCCAGGGGGUGAGGUGCCAUACUCCCCCAAGGGCCUACCAUUCCGGCUUCAGUGGGGAUCACUGCGUUACGCUUCCAACAUGGCGGCGAUGGCAUUAAUAGCUGCUGAUAGCAACUCUGCCCUUGAGGAGUAUCGCCACUGGGCCAUGUGUGUCAUCCACUACGCUCUUGGUGAUACAGGAUUCAGCUACCUCAUCGGCUUUGGAAACCAUGGUUGGCCGCACAGUCCUCAUCACCGGUCUAGCUCCUGCCCGAACCUGCCUGCACCUUGCGGUCCCUUUGUGAUGAGCAGUAAUCAUCCUAACGUCCACACGCUGUACGGCGCCUUGGUGGGCGGUCCAGACCAGAACGACGCCUACACCGAUUCCCGCUCCAACUACGUCAACAACGAGGUGGCCUGCGACUACAACGCCGGCUUCCAGACCGCUGUGGCAGCUCUUCGGUCGCUGCUAAUCAGGCACAAACACCCUGAGCAGACAGGGAGUGCAACCUGCCCGUAUCGUCGCUAAUGCCCCUCUCCCUUCACAUCACCAGUGACUUCGUAGAACAGCGACAAUGACAAUGACAAUGACAAGACAAUGACAAGUCUUUAUUAACGACACAGGAGGCAGAAGUUGUCUCAGGGGAUCUCUGCCCAUUGCCUUGCCUGUCUAUUAAAACUGCAGGCCAAACUUCACCACCAGCUGUCCUGUGUAUUUAUUGUCGGCUGAAUGUUUGGCCCUCCUCGAAAUAAAAACUUUCUUAAUGACUGAA